CUUGGCCAUCGAAGCAUCUCACAACAUCGUCCUCUUCUUCUCCAGCGCCAGCGCCGCCGGACCCGUCUCCCUCCGCCGAAACCCCGAAGGGACUCUUCACUCCUCGUCGUCGUCCUCCUUCUGGAACUGGAUUGGUGUGGAGUGGAGAUCCAUCCGGACUUGGGAUUGAUUCCUCCCGUUGGACACAUUGCGGGUUGCUAUUUGUGUACCCCCCGGAGCAAGUUGCAUACAGCACGAGAUAGAAGAUGGGUAUCCUGGAGAGGAUCAAGGAGAUUGAGGCCGAGAUGGCUCGGACGCAGAAAAACAAAGCAACAGAAUAUCAUCUUGGACAACUGAAGGCAAAGUUAGCAAAGUUGAGGACACAGUUAUUGGAGCCUCCAAAGGGUUCCAGUGGAGGAGGAGAUGGUUUUGAAGUCACAAAGUUUGGGCAUGGUCGUGUUGCACUUAUUGGAUUUCCCAGUGUUGGAAAGUCAACUCUUUUAACUUUGUUGACUGGGACACAUUCUGAAGCUGCAUCAUAUGAGUUCACAACCCUCACUUGCAUUCCUGGAAUUAUUCAUUACAAUGAUACCAAAAUCCAGCUUCUUGAUCUUCCUGGUAUCAUUGAAGGAGCAUCUGAAGGCAAGGGGCGUGGUAGACAGGUUAUUGCCGUUGCGAAGUCAUCAGAUCUUGUACUGAUGGUUCUGGAUGCCUCAAAGAGUGAAGGACAUCGCCAAAUUUUAACUAGAGAGCUGGAAGCUGUUGGACUCCGUCUCAACAAAAGGCCUCCCCAGAUUUACUUCAAAAGGAAGAAGACUGGUGGGAUUUCUUUCAACACCACCGCUCCUUUGACUCAUAUUGAUGAGAAGCUCUGCUAUCAGAUCCUGCAUGAGUACAAAAUUCAUAAUGCUGAGGUGUUAUUUCGUGAAGAUGCUACUGUGGAUGAUCUCAUCGACGUCAUUGAAGGAAAUCGGAAGUACAUCAAGUGUGUUUAUGUAUAUAACAAGAUUGAUGUUGUUGGUAUUGAUGAUGUGGACAACCUUGCUCGGCAACCAAAUUCACUGGUGAUCAGCUGCAAUUUGAAGCUGAACUUGGACAGGCUACUGGCGAGAAUGUGGGAUGAAAUGGGUCUAGUGAGGGUGUAUACAAAGCCGCAGGGUCAGCAACCUGAUUUCACAGAUCCAGUUGUUCUUUCUACUGAUAGAGGUGGUUGCACUGUUGAAGACUUCUGCAAUCAUAUCCAUAGAAGUUUGCUCAAGGAUGUGAAAUAUGUGCUUGUUUGGGGAACCAGCGCGAGGCACUAUCCUCAACAUUGUGGACUUGGCCAUGCUCUUCAAGACGAGGAUGUUGUCCAGAUAGUAAAAAAGAAGGAAAAGGAGGAGGGUGGGCGAGGCCGGUUCAAGUCGCACACGAAUGCACCUGAUCGGAUAUCCGACAGGGUGAAGAAAGCUCCUCUGAAACAGUAAUCGGACCCCCAAGUGCACCGCAAUCAGCUUCUCCCAAUCAGAUGAACAAUCGAUGUAUCAGAUAAUCUGGGACUAGCUGAGCCGGUUGCUACUUUUUGCAGCCCUAUUUUGUACCAGAAGGGCCACAUUUGAAGUACUCACGUAGUAACCCCCAGUACCUCUGCACAAUCAGUGCUUGUGUUACCUGCCAGAACACAAGCACAGGAAAGGUGCCGUGUUUUGUUCAGAUACUAUGUUACCUGCCACGCUGAGUAUUUGUCAUGAGGCUUUGCAUAGAUAAUGAGAGUUCUCAGUUCUGGGAUGCUACCAGUUGUUACUUA